UUUACUUCGUAUUUUGAAUGCAUUUAUUUCAGGGAAUUUAAAAAUAUGAAUCUUUCCAAAUUCACAAAUUUUUUAAUUGGCAGAAGUUGUCUUGGGAACCAAAGAUGUGUGACAAGACUUUUUCAGAAUAGUUUACCAGCAGGAGAGGAAAAAAAAACUUCAACUCUUAAAGGACGUGACUUCUUGACUCUUAAAGAUUAUUCUCCUAAAGAAAUUAAAGACCUUCUGGCAACUGCAGCUGAAUUUAAAUAUUUGGUCAAGAAAGAAAAUAAAAAAUUUGAUUUAUUGGAUGGUAAAAAUAUUGGAUUGAUUUUUGAGAAGAAAAGCACGAGAACAAGACUGUCCAUGGAAACAGCAAUUUCAAUAUUAGGAGGAUACCCAAUUUUUCUGAGUCCACAGGAUAUUCAUCUUGGUGAAGGGGAAAGCUUGAAGGACACUGCAAUCGUGAUGUCAAGAAUGGUUGAUAUAAUUUUUGGUCGCGUUUAUGCACAUUCAACAUUAGAAGAUAUUUCACGUGAUGCCACUGUUCCAGUUAUUAAUGGGUUAUCAGAACUGUACCAUCCAUUGCAGAGUAUAGCUGAUUUUCUCACACUUUAUGAGCAUUUUCAAUCAAUCAAAGGUUUAACUUUAUCUUGGGUGGGUGAUGGUAACAAUGUUGUCAACUCAAUAAUGAUGACUGCGCCUAAACUUGGCAUGAACUUGAAAAUUGCAACACCUAAGGGUUAUGAAGUAGAUUCAAGAAUUAAAACCUUUGCUGAUGGGCUGUCCACGCAGUAUGGAACCAGCAUUGAGUACACUACUGACGCUAUGAAAGCUUGUGAAGGUACAAACGUUAUUGUUACUGACACUUGGGUUAGUAUGGGAGAAGAGGAGCAAAAGGAAAAAAAGUUAAAAGACUUUGAAGGAUAUCAAGUCAACAUGAAGAUGGGAAGUGUGGCAGCGGAUAACUGGUGCUUUCUGCAUUGCUUACCUCGAAAACCAUACGAGGUUGAUCACGAGGUGUUUUACUCUGACCGUUCCUUAGUCUUCGACGAAGCUGAAAACAGAAAAUGGACUGCCAUGGCUGUUCUCGUGAAGUUACUGACAAAUUAUCAAACCAAGAUGAAAUUUGAAUAGAAGAUGGCUACAUGAAUAUUCCUUUUUCAUGAAGAAUGACGAAACCUUUACUUCAGCCUUCAAAACUGGUGAUGGAAUAUAAAAAUCUUUCACAGCAUAUUUAUCAAAAUAUUUCAAAACCAAAAUCCCAAAGACUUUUUAAUUAAUUUUUUUAAUAUUAGUAAUUCUUUUUGUUUACGAUAUUUAUAAUGCAUUCAGGGUAUGUUUUGUAGUAAAUUAUAUAGAGAACAGUAUCGUCGUCAAAUAUAAGGGUACUCACUCAUUA